CAAAAAUGUAAUGGAGAUUGUUGUCCAGAAGGAAAGCAUGGACUUCAUCUUCAAGUCAAGAUUCCUCAGAUCAGCUACGCCUCCACGGCUCCGGAGCUCAGCGACAACACCCGCUACGACUUCUUCUCCCGGGUCGUUCCCCCAGACUCGUACCAGGCUCAGGCCAUGCUGGACAUCGUCACCGCGCUGGGCUGGAAUUACGUUUCCACGCUCGCCUCCGAGGGAAACUACGGGGAGAGCGGCGUGGAGGCCUUCGUCCAGAUCUCCAGAGAGUCAG